GUCGUAACCCAGUAGCGUCGCACCUGGUUCAGACAAGGAUUUAGGAUCACAGGUUAAAAAAGACCAUUAGCUCAAUAUAAAAACAACAGAAGUCAAUGGAAAGUCCUCACCUUAGAAAACCAAACGUCAGUGUCUUUGUCAGAUAGCAACAAAGAGAGCAAGAAGGAGAGGGGAAUCAUAUUUCAUAUCCAAUUUUAACUCAACGCCUUCUGUCCCUAUAUACCAAUUAUGCGGCUUAACUGAAUGCUAACAUUCAAAUGUGAGUUUAUGCACCUUGCAGGCAAAGUUUCAAGGGAACUGCCACGCACCAGAUCUCAGAGGAGUCGCGGCAGGAGUAGAAGAGAAGAAAGGACGCCAACGUUUUGCCUCAUCUCUAACGUUACACUUACUUUCGUAAAGGUGGAAGAAGCUGAUGGACGUGAUAUUUAAUGCAGAAAACUGUUCGCUAACCUGCACGGGCAGUUAGAAUGGUCCGGCUUUGUCGAGGAGACGGAGGAACGUUACAUGUGUUGCCCUGCGUAAGGAAAGGAAGCAGUGUGAAAGAAGCCCGUUUUCUAUUGCGCGUAUACUACUGUAGUUCAACGCAUCUGUAGAAUCGCGCGCAUCGGUCAAGUCAUGUCUUUUGAAUUCCGAAUACUGAUGUUUGGAAUCGGGACAGCCUUGGUUAUAUUUGUGAUUAUAGCUGAUAUAUCGGAAGUGGAGGAAGAAAUCGCGAACAUUGAGGAUUCACAGAAGUUUCACAUAAAAAGCUUUGUCCUUCAGUCUAACAGAAAUUCAGUCCUGAAUGCUGCUCCUACUUCACUAGUCUCCUAUAAAAAGAGCAAAGUCUCUUCUUCUCUAAUUCCACUGCCAGGCAUAAAGAGCAAAACCAGCAAUUCAUCCUCGCCUGAAUGGACUUUCAACAGAACCUUGACUAACCUCAUCAGAAAAAACAUUUUGAGGUUCCUGGAUGCUGAGAGAGACAUCUCAAUUCUUAAGAGCACCUUUAAACCCGGGGAUGUAAUUCAUUAUAUAUUUGACCGCCAGAGCACCACAAACAUCUCUGAUAACUUGUACCACCUUUUGCCGACGGCGUCUCCAAUGAAGAACCGACAUUACAAACAAUGUGCCAUCGUAGGGAACUCUGGGAUAUUACUGAAUAGCAGCUGCGGCAGAGAGAUUGAUUCACACGACUUUGUCAUUAGGUGUAACUUGGCUCCAGUGGAGGAGUAUGCAGCUGAUGUGGGCCUGCGCACCAGUCUGGUGACUAUGAACCCUUCUGUGGUGCAGCGUGCUUUUCAGGACCUGAACAGUGAGGAGUGGGUGCAGCGCUUUGUCCGCAGGCUGCAGAGCCUCAGCGGCAGUGUGCUGUGGAUCCCUGCUUUCAUGGCUAAAGGAGGAGAGGAGCGAGUGGAGUGGGCCAUCCGCCUCAUUCUUCUGCAUACUGUGAACGUCCGCACCGCCUUCCCCUCCCUGCGUCUGCUCCAUGCUGUCAGGGGGUACUGGCUGACCAAUCAUGUCCAGAUCAAAAGACCCACCACCGGACUCCUGAUGUACACCAUGGCUACGCGCUUUUGUGACGAGAUCCACUUGUACGGCUUCUGGCCUUUCGCUCAUGAUCCUGACGGCAAACCGGUCAAGUACCACUACUACGACACGCUAACUUACCACUACACAUCUAGUGCCAGUCCACACACAAUGCCUUUGGAAUUUCGAACUUUAAGUGCCCUUCACAGACGGGGGGCGCUGCGGCUGCACACAGGACCCUGUAAACUUCCAACAUGAGCUUUUAAACCCUCAUUCCAAAAUGGUUUCAUACACUGGACCUUAUACAUGCAGAGAGAAAGAAAUCCUGUGAAAAAGAUGGAUUACCUGAAUAUUUCAGGUAAAUCUCUGACCAAAUGUGAGACUGCAAUAUAUGAACAGGGUUUUUUUUUUUUUUUUCCUUUAGAUUUUUUUUUUUUUUUUUGAAGCGUCCAACCUUAAGAAGGUCUUUCAUCUCUAAUUAAGGCUAUUAUAUAUAUAUAUAUAGUCUCUUGCCAUUGUUUUAUUUGUUCAGAUCCUAUGUUUUUUGACAUGAUUCAUUAAGUGUCUUACUUGUUCAGAUUUUGUUUUUUGCCAUAUUUGGUCACAAGGUGAAAGCAUAUCAGAAACGGGCUAAACUAAGAGGUUCUUUUUGUCUUUAGUCUUAGCUUUCGGGGACAAGUUGUGUUUAGAAAAUGUAAGUCUAAAUUAAGAAUGUCAUUUAUUUGUUGCCUUUACAGUCUAUGUCCGUUGAGCCCACGGACAGCUUGUCUGAAUGUACGACUGUUGGGUCAGUUGUUACCGUAGAAUUUAGACUUAACAUUUUAAAUGGUUUAAAGGGGUUUUACCACUACUUUGCUACUUAAAUUCUUUUAGACGAUAAUUUAGACAAUAAUUUAGUGCCUCAAGUGAGAGUUUGAUGUUAUGGUGCAUCAUGUGACACUUGAUAAAGUUGCCUUAGAAAGACAUAGUGAGUAGUGUAAAAGGUUUUGCAUUGAUGUGCAGUAAUACUUGUGGAACAUGUGCACUGCGACCGUCUGAACAUUUUUGCAGUGAGGCAGCUAUCAGAGCGUGUGCAGCCCUGUGCUGAGAUACUGUAGCCAAAUCCAGUUCACAGCCAGCUGUUCACACACUCUUGUGUACUCAGCCGUGAAGAGACGUUCAGUGUGGAAACUGUGGAAUUUGUUAAAGCCACAUAGUAGCUGUGAUUCUGUAUCUAAGGAGGGUUUUUCGGGGUGGGGGGGUUGAAUUCUUUUGUAUGUGACAUAUUACACGUGAAUGUAUUUGUGAUAACUUAAAAGUAAAAAACAAAACCAAAAAACACCUUCCUGCUGUACUGAUCUGCCCAGUAUGAUUGAAAGAUCAAUGACACAAUAUAUAUAUUUUCUUUUUUAUUUAUGCACACACUACAAUUCAAAUGUUUGAGGUCAGUAAGAUUUUUUUUUAAUGUUUUUUCAAAGUCUCUUAUG